AUGGCUGGUCCAGAUGAGAUGUCAUGUGUCCAACCCAUUGGUGUCAAACGGCCCUUGCUCGAUGUUGAAAGUCUACAGCGGAAGAAGUUCAAGACGGAAGAGCUACCCUUGACUGCGGCCCAACACACUGCGAUCGAGGACCUGCUGCACGCUUUUAAGAAGAAAGGAGGGUUUGAUAAUGUUCGCAAGAAAAUCUGGGCUGAAUUUCACGACGGCGAAGCAAGAGCUGAGUUUACGAAGUUAUUGAUCGAACUAGCAGAGUCAGAAAUAGAUCGCGAACCGGAGCUUCUUUCCCGUGAACGAGGAAAAGCUGCGACGCUGAUAGAGGGUGCAGUCGAUCGGAGCGACGUCUACAAGAGGGCCGAAAAGUUUAUUGAUGCGUUGGCCUCCAAUCACCUGCAAUUUAUCUUAGAUUCUGUCAGGGACGUUCGCCGUCAGCAAGUCGGAGACGAGGUCGCUGCAAAAGAGGAGCAAGCCGGCAACAAAACGGACGAGGAUUUCGCUGCGCAGAUUAGGGCUAAACGAGAGAUACGCGAACGAGAAUGGCAGGAGACAGUACGCAAACAGAGAGAACUCGAAGAGCAAGAAGCUCGUCGAAAGGCUGAAGAGGAACGCAAGAAGCGCGAGAUCGAACGCCAGAAGGAGGAGGAAGAAAGGGCAAGGCGGAAAGAGCGCGAGGAACAGCGACGUGCAGAGCGUGAGCGUCAGCGGGAAGAGGAACGGCGACUUGAAGAGCAACGAGAAAAGGAACGACAGGAAAGAUAUGAGCGCCGUCGACGAGAAGAGCGCGAGAGAUACCGCCACCGAUCACCGCGAUAUCGCGAUUCGAGGAGAGAGAAGUCCGCUACUCCAAAGGAGCCAACGCAGGCACCUCCGCCACCUCCUGUUGCCGUGGAUGAUAAGUCCUUGGAAGAGGCCGCUCUCCAGAUGCUGCUUAAAGAAGGCGAGGAACUUGCCGCCAAGGCACGACAGAAACCCGAAUUUGAUUUUGAAGAAGCUGAGGCCAUCGAGAAUGGCCUCAAGCCCCCGCCGACGAAACCGAAAGUCCGGCAGUCGAUGUGGAUCAACACCGAAGACGGGACUCGACUGUUGAUGACCGUCACCGCGCGCGUAGACGUGAUGGCAGUCGGGAUCGCAGCCGCUCAAGGAGAAGACACACCCCUCGCUUCGAUGAUGAUCGUCGACGGGAUCGAUCCCGCGAUGCUUCUAGUCGCCCUCGUGAUCGUAACCCUGAUGAAAGAGUUGCCAUACGCGAUUUCAGAACUAAUCGAUAUGGCGACCGUAGCUACCGCCCUAACCGCAGAAGUAGGAGCAGGUCAACUGGUCGUGGUUUUGACCGGGACAGGGACCGCAGCAGGUAUCGAGAUCGAAGUGCGGAACGGGAGAAAGAUCGAGCUCGAGAUCGCUCGCAUCCAACGGACGAACGAGACCGAGAUCGUGAUCAUCGCACCCGUGAUCGCAGCAGGGAUCGAGAUCGGGACAGAGACAGGGAUAGAGAGCGCGACAGGGACAGGGACCGGGACAGGGACCGGGAUCGUCGACGCCGCAGUUACUAUUCUCGGUCCCGUUCGCGAGCUCGACGCGGACGCUCGCGCUCUGCCUCCCACGCUAGAGAUCGAAAUCAAGAUCAAACCCGAGAUCGAGAUCGAGACCGAGAUCGAGAGCGGAAUCGUGAGCAAGAACGGCACCGAGAUGGAGACAAAGAACAAGACCGAGGCCCGGUCCGAGAAGGAGACCGUAACGGCGAGCGGGGAAGAUCCAAGUCCCGCGUUCCGAAUUCCUCUCGAAAACCGUCUCGCUCGCGACGGCGUUCCCCCAGCACUCUUGACAUCGACCGCUAUGUGCCCCCAACAAGCCAUCGGAGCAGAUCCCCUCGAAGGCGGGUCCGAUCUCCAGAACGUCCUGAGCGAGAGGAGCGUCGAGGCGUUUGAGGAGCAUCAAACAGUUUGUCGACCGAAGGAACUCUCAGUAUCCCACUGGGAAUGA